CGAUAUACGCAGGCAUUCGCGUGAGGAGGUGACAGACGAGCAACUGCUGGCAGUGCUCAACGCUCAGGAUGACGGCAAGUCCUCGGUCGUUCUGCCGGGAGAGUUGGCGGUUGGCAGCUACAAGGCUGCACUCGCGGUCUGCAGGGAGGAGCAUGCAACGAACGCCGUUCUCAACUGUGCAGGGUACCGGCUGCACGCCUUCCUGCCUGCGACGCGCGCUGCAUUUGACAGGCACACCACGCACGCUGCAUCCCUUGACCGCUCAUCUGCUGCACUCCUCAGUGUCAGUUUGGUCUCCUUUUGCAGGCUGCGGCUCGAAAGUCCUCCCAGACUACUUGACCUAGAGUGGGAGGACUCCGAGGCCUUCCGCAUCCCGCUUGAGGACCUCGAGCGUGGCCUCGCGUGGGCGUCCGAUCGCGUUCGGGCGGGCAGGAAGGCGGUGUUCGUCCAGCGGCAUGCAGCGAAGGCGCUUCAAGCCUAA